AUGGUCAUUGGGUACAAGCAGCUGUUGUAUUCAUUUCAGGGACUCCUGACCUUCAGGGAUGUGCCCAUAGAAUUCUCUCAGGAGGAAUGGGGAUGCUUGAACCACAGUCAGCGGGAGCUGCACAGGGAUGUGAUGUUAGAGACCUAUGGACACCUCCUCUUCUUGGGUCUCAUUGUAUCAAAACGAGACCUGGUCAUCGUUUUGGAGCAAGAGGAGGAGCUGUGGGGUGUGAAGAGAAAGGAGACAGUAGCCUCACACUCAGGUAGGUGGGAGCGAAGCACAUGA